GCAGCGUGCUCGUCCUCAUCAUCGGAGCACAUCGACGAGGACGAUGAUUUCUUCCAAAUCGAGGGUCCGAUUCUCAGUAGCCAAUUCUCCCUGGACGCAGAUAAGUCAGCACCAAUGUCUAGGGACGAGUGCCCGGACCCGAAAAGAAUCCCCUCAUCAGUUUUCGAGAGAUCCAAGUCCGGAACACCGACAGACUGGAGUGUCACAUCAAACGAGUCUCUCUUCAGCAUCAGCGUUGGGAAUACGAGCUUUUCCAAGGACCAUAAGUUCUUGUACGGGAAGUCAGGUGAGAUGGGAAACCCCAACGACCCGUUGCCGCCAUUGCCACCAUUGCCAAAGCAGAGCCCGGUGUCCAGCUCCAGCCUCAUUCAACGGGAGGUUCUACCCACGACAACUGGGGAAGCUAGUUCGAUAGUGAAGCAGAAUGCUCCCACGGAGAAGGGAGGAGCAGACACGGAUUGCAUAAAUACCUCCUCGCACCGAUCGGAUGGAAGCACGACGAGCUUUGCGUUUCCGAUAUUGACAGGCGACGAGAGAUCCAAUGAGAACUUGAAGGACAACGAUCCUGAGCUUGCUCGACAAAGCACAGCGCAACUGAGUCAUCCAGUAGAGCCGCAUGAUGAGAAGAAUGAAACUCCGAAAGCUGCAAUGGAGGCGCCUAAUCCUGAAGAGGCUCCCGUACCAGUAUCAGUAUCGGCACCGACAGAGCCACCACCACCGCCAGCGACGACAAAGAUGUUUCCCUGGUGUUCUUGUUGUCCAUUCUGUUGCUAA